CUCUGCCGACAGAUAUUCUGGCUCGCCAUCAGCUCACUGACACUGGUGAUGACACACAUGCUCAGCAGACAAAGUGCCCUGGACCACCCAAGCUUUAGGUGUCUAUAGCCUGACCUUGAAGAUGCGUAGGUCCCAGGGCCUCGUUAAGGGACUUGAUUGACACGUCAGGAUGGUGUGCAUUUCAUUGAUGAGAAUUUUAGAGGCCGGGCUCGUGAACUUCUUCUGUACUGAUCAGUACGUCACCCCACAGCUAUCCCAGGGAGGACGUGAGAUCGGUUUCAAAUACCCUGUCUCUUCCCUCAGUGGCAAACCUUCUGUCCUGUCCAGGAGCCCUCAGCCCAACCUGGCCCCCACAGGAGCACAGCAAAAGCACCGCUGCUCUGUUUUACCCAAGGAUCCUUCCUCACACGUGACCUUCUUCAGGACUGGAUACUGAAAGGGGCUGGAUUGACUAUGAAGAUCCUGGGCCAUGUGGUUUUCCUGCUGCUGAUAGGAGGGAUUUGUUGCCAGAACAACCGCAAUGCCAAACCUAGUGGCAAGUCAUCUAAGAAGAACCAGGGGAACCAGAACCAGGGGGCCGAGGCAGCCCAGUCGGCCCCAGAAGAUGAGCCCCAUCCUGGGCCAGUGGAGUCGGGCAGGGAGGGUAACUCUGGAGGUCGGGCGGCAGCCCAGCAGUCAGCUUCACAGAACAACAAGGCUUCAGAUGAUAUGAAGCUGCAUGUCCUCAAGAACACUCAGGUCACGUGCAACGAUGGAACAGCGGCAGGGUUUUACCUAAAGGAGUUCAAAGGGAGUAAGCGAUGGCUGAUAUUUCUGGAAGGUGGUUGGUGCUGCUACAACAAAGACUCCUGCGAUACCAGAUAUAAAAAUAUCCCGCGACUCAUGACCUCAUCCGACUGGCCCCAAACGCGUAAAGGAAGUGGAAUAUUGUCAGCCCAGGCGGAAGAAAACCCUCAUUGGUAUAACACUAAUAUUGUAUUCAUCCCGUACUGCUCCAGCGACGUGUGGAGUGGCACAGGGCCCACAUCCACCAAGGAGAAGAGAGGCCCGGGAAAAGAGAAGGAGAAAGAUGCCAUUGAGUAUACCUUCAUGGGUUCCCUGAUCAUCCGUGAGGUCAUCAAAGACCUAGUCCCUAAAGGCAUCAAACAGGCCAAGGUUGUCAUGCUGGCUGGCACAAGUGCUGGAGGGACGGGAGUGCUACUGAACAUUGAGAGGGUGUCCAGUCAGCUGGAGCAGCUGGGGGCAGAGGCCCAGGUUCGAGGCCUGGUGGAUUCAGGCUGGUUUCUGGAGAGUAAACAGCAGAGGGUUCCUGACUGCCCAGACAGUGUCUCCUGCUCACCUGUAGAUGCCAUCAAGAGAGGACUCAAGUUGUGGAACGGGGUGGUCCCAGACAAGUGUCGGCAGCAGUACAAGAAAGGAGAGGAGUGGCAGUGCUUCUUCAGCCACAAACUCUACUCCUCCCUGACCUCCCCUCUGUUUGUGGUGCAGUGGCUGUUUGAUGAGGAGCAGUUGAGAGUGGAGAAUAUCUACCUGGGGGGUCAGACCCUGUCAGAACAGCAGUGGACCUACAUGCAGAACCUGGGAAAGGAUAUCAAGAACUCACUCAAAGAUGUCACGGCUGUGUUCGCACCCUCCUGCCUGUCCCACACAUUGGUCACUAAAAGUAACUGGAUGACGUUUCAAGUCAAAGGCACCUCCCUGCCCCGGGCUCUGCAGUGCUGGGAUAAGAGUUUCCAAGAAGCCAACCGUAACAGCAAGACCCCCCUGAAGGGCUGUCCCUUCCACCUGAUCGACACCUGCCACUGGCCCCAGUGCAACCCCACCUGCCCAGCCUUGGUGGACCAGGCCACCCAGCAGGAGCUCACCCUGCUCCAGAUGUUAGUGGGCAUGGGCCUGGACCUCCAGAAACUAGGCCUGGACCUCAGGAGGGACAGUAGCUCUAUAACUAGCAUGGUCAGUAACGGUGGCUAAGACAAGGAGUAUAGAAGCCCACUCUCUGGCUUAGUAAAGGGUCAUUUUUUAUGAGUUAUGACGUAACCAUGAAAGGUACAGAAUCUGGUUACUUCUCUUGUGCCGCUCAGCCAUUCCAUUGUGCUCCACUGUUACCAUGCCGUCUUGACCGGUGGGUAUGUCACUGGGCUUACAGUAUGUCUGUCUGUAACGUUACAGUUUGCCUCCAGGAUCCCUCCUGGACAGUUUAAAGAGGGGAGGGGAGUGAUUCCAGUUUACCCCUGGGUUGUGUCUCACAUUUGAUUUGAUUCAAGGGAGAACGAGGAGUGCCAGGUACCUGUAGCUAACCAGUCAGACACCAAACCUGCAACACACUUUCACCCAAUUACAUGUACUAUACAAAACUUCAACAACAUUUUGUGAAGUGAAACGUACUGCUUUUGAGGAUUUUUGAAUAAGCUAUUGGCACAUUUGAUCAUCUUGCCAACAUAGGACUGGUACAGUAUUCAGAGGAAAUGUACAUUUUAAUGUAGAUGAUUGACUGGAAGGAUAUAUUAAAUGAGUCUGCUAUUUUAGAUCCAUGUCCAAGCUCAAACACUGCCAGAGAAUGAAGGACUGUCAUGCAAGGACACUUGCAGUGCCAAGACCAUUCUCUAACUUUUAUUGAAUGUGUUCUACACACACACACACACACACACACACACACACACGCACACACGCGCACACACGCACACACACACACACAGCCUACAGUUUAUAUUGCCCACAUUUCUACUGCUGCUGCAAUUACAACGUUGAC